GAGGAAGCAGCCAUGUCAGAGAAGAAGCCACGAGGCUCAGACACACGUCCCAAAUGUGGGCUCCGCAGUUGGAGUGCAGACAGUUAUGUUUGGCGGGGGAAGAAACGCUCCCGGAGCUCUCGCAACGGGUCGAGUCCCGGAGGGCUGGAGACGGAGGGGACGGAGGAGCUGGGUGUGCGGUCAACAUCCUGUCCAAGGCGGCGCAGAGAGAGAAAGUGUAGCUGCAGCACUCUCGGGGAUGCACUGACCUCUGCGGACAUUGAUGUGGUGUGUCGAAAGGCCUUGUCCCGACGCUCUCUGCGGCAGAAGUUUCAGGAUGCUGUGGGUCAGUGUUUUCCUCUGCGCUCUCACCACCAUCAUCAUCAUCACCAUACAUCGGGCUCCUCGCGACCCUUUUCGGUGCUCUUCUGGUCUAAACGCAAGAUCCACGUCUCCGAGCUCAUGCAAGACAAGUGUCCCUUCUCCCCCAAAUCUGAACUGGCCCGAUGUUGGCACCUUAUAAAAAAUAAUGCCACCCACCAAAGUGCCCUCAAGGACAUGGAGGCUCCCCUCAAACCAAAUGUGUCUUGUUCCUCUACCUCCCCACCACAGACCCCCCUCUCCUGGGAGGACAUCUGCUCUCCCGGGCCUGGAGGCACCAGUCUGGAGGACUGGGACCCUUCAUGUCCUCACAGGGGAGCAGAGGGCAUGUGUGGCCACACUGACUACAUCCUGGUGCCAGAUCUGCUCCAGAUCAACAACAGCCCCUGUUACUGGGGUGUGUUGAACCGCUUUGAGGCGGAGGAGCUGCUGGAGGGCAAACCAGAGGGAACGUUUCUGCUCCGAGACUCAGCCCAGGAUGAGUUCCUCUUCUCAGUGAGCUUUCGUCGCUACAGCCGCUCCCUGCACGCACGCAUUGAGCAGAACGACAAGCGUUUCAGCUUUGAUGUGCGUGACCCGUGCAUGUACCGGGAUCCCAGUGUGACAGGACUACUGAGACACUACAGUGACCCAGCCACCUGCCUCUUCUUUGAGCCCCUUCUUUCCCGGCCGCUAUCGAGGACCUUCCCUUUCUCCCUCCAGCACUUGUGCAGGACUGUGAUCUGUAGCUGCACCACGUACCAGGGCAUAGACAUCCUGCUGCUGCCACCUCAGCUAAGGGACUACCUCCGACAGUACCAUAUUAAGUGUGAUGGGGCCUGCGCUGUGUGACAGUCAAAAGCAGGCCUCAUACCAUGGAAGGAAAAUAUAGGACAGCAAAAGCAGGUUCUCUUGGCAAAGAAGCAAGAAUACUGCGUCGCUAAAACUGCAAUACCUUCACUUUUGCAGAUCUUUGAGGUCUGCAAGGUGCAGAACUGGAGAACUGGAGAACCAUUAAACCUACGGAGGAUCAUCAGUCUUCUUUACAGGCCUGAAUCUAUAUGUUGUAGGAACACAUGGAUGUAAUGUCAGUUUGAUUUAGGUUUUAUGCUUCCAGUCAUCUUGAUAGCUACUGGAGCCAGGGUCAAGCUGAAAGAACAAGGCAGCAACCACAGCUGUGAUACACUGAGACCUUAAUUAAGCAAACAGGCCCCAAACAUUUAUCUUAAUAUCCUUAAUGGAGUAAGGAUUCUCAAAAAUUACCAAUACAUUCACCCUCAGUUUUUAUGGACUCCUGAAGCUGAAGCAUUUUCCUCUUGACUUCAGUUCAAUCAGAGUUGUCUUGUUUGGGCAUCCAGUAUCUCUCGUGGCCACUAGAGGAAGUGCACCUUUCAUGGUUCCUGGCUGAGACCAAAUCUUCUUUCAUGUACCUUAAUAUCGUGAAAAAAUGCAAUGUUUUGCUGUGGACCUGCACACAACCAGUGCUGUCAAAGGUUAGAGGUAUAGAGACUCCAACUGCAUCUAGUAAUAUCCAGACAUUAUUCAUUCUUCUUUAACUUUGCUAUCGCGCUGAAAAACACUGCUGUGGUCAAACUAAUCACACACUUCAAACCACAUCUUACGCCAAAGACUCUGUGUAAAAAUUGUGGUUUGUGAACUGCACCUGACUGAUCACUCAAUACAUUUACCUCCUUGUGAGAAAGCUGAGGGCGAACUGAAGAUCAGAGGACUGUUUUUCAGCUUGACUUUUCAUCUGCUACCAAAAAUGGAUCCCAUCAAUUUUGGUGAGAGAACGACCGACACAUAAUGACAGAAAAAGAGACAAAUAACUUGGUGCAAGUACUCUAAACGUCACAAACGUAUGCCUCUGAACAGCUUCUUAUGAAGAGGAUUAAUUCAAUGGGACUGUAUUCUUCUCUGCAGCCACAAGAUGGCAGCACAGCUGCACUGUCUGUCUGUACACUACUGAGCUGCUUCUUUGCCAUUGAAUCUUAGCUGAAAGCUCCUUUGUAAACUGGUAUUUUAACAUCACAUGUGCCUAUGAAGCUUUCCCAAGUAUUGUAUUUGAAAGACUGCGGAUAUGAUGGACUGGAAUACAGUACACUAGUAUAGUAC